CAAAAAUGGCGGUACGAAACAAAAUGAUCUUCCAAACACCGUCAAAGGCAGCCGACGGGAGCGCUGGCUAUGUGGUCAGUGGCACAACAUGCGUUAUCGGCCGCACCACCUCCGCCAUCAACACCCACAACGGGGUAGCUUUCAAAACAACCACCGGCUGCGCGAUCAGCACCAUCCGUGGCGGAGAACUCAUGACAAGGACCGGCCGCGCCAUCACCUCCGCUGCCAACCAUGCCAUCAACAGCGCCAGCGGUUGGUCGAAGCGGCGGGUCGCUGACACAUGGAGGCGUGUCGCAAAAAAACUGGUGAGGAAGAGCAAAAGCUUGCCGCCGAUCCCGCAGGCGAAGGACCUGUUGAUGACGAUUGGAAAUAAGGCUAUUAAACUCAGGAAGAAGAAGAAGAAAGAGAUGGAAAGCAAGGAUGAGGGUGAGGAGGAGGAGGAUGAGGAUUUCGGCAACGGCGGGCUGUGGCAGCGGGCAAUCCUGAUGGGAGGCAAAUGCAAGCCGUUGGAUUUUGCCGGCGUGAUUUACUACGACAGCAAGGGGCGGCGCAUGCCGGAUCCCCCCAUGUGGUCGCCACGUCGGUUCCCGGGCCAUCUGCCCGGUUCCAACUCCGGCCAACUCUAGCACGUACCACUCGAUCCAUCAUCUAUACUAUACUUUUUGGCGUCACAGAUGGCUCCUGUUUUUGCACAUUUUUUAUGUGUCACACACAUAAUCACCCGUACAUGCAUGUUUUUAAACCACCAAAGUUACCCUGUUUUUGUUUUGACCUUUUGAGUCAAAGUUU